ACAAACAUUCCUUGAAAACUUUAUCAUUUUAUUUCUGAAUUUUGAAUAAAUAAAAUAUUUUGAAAAUAAAAGAAGAAUAUAUUUUUUACAAUUUUGCCCUGAAUUUCACCAUGAACUUUAAAAUAGUAAUAUUAUUCGCAGUUUUUGUGUCUAUAACAACCCUUGAGGUCGGGGCUUUGAAACGCAUUAAACGUAAUACCGCUUUGGAAUCUAAGAACAGCAGAAUUAAGCAAGAUUUUGUAGCUCUGCAUAGAGGAAAGGAAGUGUUAACAGAAAAGGGAAAUAAUUCUGAACUAAAGGUAUCUCUUAAUAAUUCAAAUAAUGAAAUGACUAAAAAACGUAAUGUUAGCAGCCGUCCUUUGGCUGUUAUAUUACGUGAAAGAGAGAGGAAAUUAAACGAUCGCCAGAGAGAUAAUACAGCAGCUGAGGGAAAUAAUUCUAAGCCAGAUUCGAAAAUGGUAAAGUUAGCUGUAGAAAAUGAUUUGGAAAAGAGCACAAACGUAAUGGACAAACGUUCUGAAACCUCGGGUAGUGAUCAUAAAAACUUCAAUGCAAAUACGUUGCAUACUUCAAGUGUAGUUGGUGCUCAUGUUAUUAUACCACCACAACCAAAACAGCAAUCUUAUGGUGUUUUAAGACCAUUUGCUUCCCUAGAUCACUUAAUGAAGAUAGGCAAUAUGAUGAUGUUUAAGGUCGGAAUAGAUUCCCUACCUUAUUCUCCUAAAAUGUCAAUGAUUCCAAAUUUAGCACCACAACAGCAGCAAGGAAAUUUUAUUCAACAAAUAAAUGAACCAGAUUUUGAUUACAUCGAGGGACCACAAGAUGAGUUCUUUAACGAAAAAGCUCAUAUUAUAAACAAUAUUCCAUAUAACAAUAAUGAAAAUGGCGUAAUAAUUACUAAACCACUAAAACUUUUCACGCCAAAUAUUGCUGAUGACAAUGAACCCAAAGAUUUAGUUAAUCUCAUGCAAACAGCUUUAGAUACCCUACUGUAUAAUAGCAAUAAAAAUGAAAACGAAAGUGAAUUGAAAUGUCCCCUACAUCUGGAAAAGAAAAGUCUAAAAAAAGCUGGUGAAGAUAUUGAUAAUGCCAAUGUUAUACAGGUCUGUUCCUGUCGUUUCAUCAAGAGGGACAAAGAACAAAAAUAAAUUCUAUAACAAUUUCAAUUUUGUAAUCUUAUUUAUAAUAAAUAAAUAAAAAUCUCUA